AUCACAAAACUCAAUUACAUAAUAUUUAUAUUUAUAUAAAUAUAAUACGAAUUUAAUUUAUACUUUUAUAAUAUCAAUUAGUUUUUUUUUUUAAUAAAAAAGAAAUAUAAAAAAAAAAAAAAAAAAAAUUAAUAUUUAAAGUCUUUUUUUUAUUUUUUGUUCAACUAUUUAUUUAUUUAUUUGUUUGUUUAUUUAUAUAUAAUAGUAAUAAAACAUCAAUAUAGUUAUAGUAAAAAAUAAUAAAACAUGGUGAAAUAUCAUUUUCAAGGUUUAAGCGAUAAAGAAGUUGAAGAUAAUAGAAAUAAGCAUGGAUCAAAUACAUUACCACCAGUAAAGGUUGAAUCCUUUUUUGAAAAAUUAAUGGAGAAUUUCCAAGAUCCAUUAAUUCAUAUUCUUUGUGUGGCUUUGGUAAUUACAGUUAUAUUGUCAUUUGUAGGUUAUGCCGAAUGGUUUGAAGGUGUUGGUAUUGCUUCUGCAGUAUUUUUAGCUACAUUUGUAUCAACCUACAGUGAAUACAAAAAUGAAAAUUCAUUCCAAGAGCUUCAAGAAAAAGCAUCAAGAGUCAAGUGUAAUGUUUUUAGAAAUGGAUCACACAUCUCAGAAAUCUUUGGUUACGAUGUUGUCGUUGGUGAUUUGGUACUUCUUCAACAAGGUGAUAAGAUUCCAGCCGAUGGCCGUUUAGUUGCAGGUGAACUUCAUGUCAACCAAAGCACUUUAAAUGGUGAACCAAAUUUAGAAAAAAAAGUUGUAGCACCAAAGGAUUAUCAACCACAAACUAAAAAUGAUUUCCUUGAUCAUUAUCUUUGCUUCAGAGGCACCGUUGUCGAAGACGGUGAAGGUGUUUUAUUAGUAGACGCUGUUGGUUCAUCUACCCUCUAUGGUGAGCUCGCUAUUGAACUCUCAAAGGCUGAUGAAAGAGAAUCCCCACUCCAAAUUAAACUUUCAAAUUUAGCUGAUGGUAUCAGUACUAUUGGUUAUAUCGGUGCCGGUUUCAUUGUUGUUUCCUUCCUUUUCAAACAAUUCAUUAUGGAUAAUCAUUACAAUUGGGCUGAAAUUUCAACCUAUUGCACAAAUUUCCCAGUAGUUCUUAAAGAUAUUGUUAAUUCAAUUACUCUUGCCAUUAUUAUUAUCGUUGUUGCUGUACCAGAAGGUUUACCAAUGAUGAUUGCCAUUGUAUUAUCAUUAAAUAUGAGAAAGCUCUUAAAAGCUAAAGUUUUGGUUCGUAAAUUAUUAGGUAUUGAAACUGCAGGUAGUUUAGAUAUUCUUUUUGUUGAUAAAACAGGUACUCUUACAAAAGGUAAAUUUAUUCCAAGAACUUUUAUCUCUGGUUCAGCUCAUACAUAUAAAGGUUUUUCACAAAUUCCAAAAGAAUUAAGAGACGUUUUAUCAUUUUCAGUUAGAGAAUCAACUUCUUCAGUUAUUGGUGAAGAUGGCCAAAUUGUUGGUGGUAAUGCAUCAGAUAAAGCUUUAUUACAAUUUUUAGAUAAAGAAUCUUUAUUAGCAGAUUACAAUGUUUCAGUUGAAAAAGAAAUUUUAUUCCAUUCAGAAAGAAAAUAUUCAGCAGCUUUAUUAAAAGUACCACUUAGUGGUGGACCAACCGGUAGAGCUCCAAAUGGUAUUGUUUCAUGUUCACACAAAAUUAACGAAAAAUACAUUGAAAUCACUUGUAUUAAAGGUGCACCAGAAAUUGUUUUAAAUCGUUGCAGUUCACAUUUCAACGAAGAUGGUAAUGUUGAAGCUAUUCCAGAUAGUGUUGGUUUAACCGAUUCAAUCAAUAGACUUUCUGAACAAGGUAUCCGUGUUAUUGCUGUUGCUGUCUCAAGAGAACCAUUAGUCGAAACUGAAACUCUUCCACACUCUCUCAUUUUAGUUGGUAUCGUUGGUGUUUAUGAUGAAAUUAGAGAUGAAUCUCGUCAUUCAAUCCAAUUAGCUCGUGAAGCUGGUAUUCAAGUUGUAAUGAUUACUGGUGACAAGAGAGAAACUGCUAUUGCUGUCGCUCAUCAAAUUGGUCUUAUUUCCCCAGGUGAAGAAAAUCAACCAGGUGUUGUUUUAACCUCAUUUGAACUUCAAAAUAUUAACAAUAGUAAAUUAUCCAAUAUGCUUCCACACUUGCGUGUUGUCUCCCGUGCCCUUCCAUCUGAUAAAGUCCGUUUCGUCAAUGUUGCCCAAUCUCUUCAUAAAGUUGUUGGUAUGACUGGUGAUGGUGUCAAUGAUUCCGCCGCUCUUAAACAUGCCGACGUUGGUUUCGCUAUGGGUAGUGGUUCUGAAGUUUCAAAAGAAGCAGCCGAUAUUGUUAUUUUAGAUGACAACUUUGCUUCCAUCACUCAAGCUGUACUCUAUGGUAGAACUAUUUAUAAAUCUAUUCAAAAGUUCAUUGUUUUCCAAUCUACCAUUAAUGUUGCAUCAACUCUUAUUGUUUUCUUAGGUCCAUUCAUGGGUUUUGAUUUCCCAUUAACUUUAAUUCAAUUAUUAUGGGUCAAUUUAGUUAUGGAUACCCUUGCCGCUUUAGCAUUUGGUGGUGAGCCAGCUCUUCAUCGUUACAUGAAAGAAAGACCAAUCAAGAGAGAUCAAUCCAUUAUCACACCAAGAAUGUGGGGUUCAAUUUUAGGUGCUGGUCCAUUCAUUUCAGCUAUGUCAAUUUUAUUCCUUAUUAAUGACCACAUCGAACAAUACUUUACUCGUGAUGGCGCUCCAUAUCAACCAGCUUUCCUCACUGCUUUCUUUGCCUUCUUUAUUUUCCUUUCUGUCAUCAAUGCCUUCAAUGUACGUACUAGCCGUUUAAAUCUUUUCGAUCAUCUCUUUGAUAACAAGGGCUUUAUUUUUGUUGUAUUUUUCAUUUUCGUAGUUCAAAUCGUAUUCACUUAUAUCGGUGGUAAAGUCCUUAGAACUGUUGCUUUAACAUCAAGCGAAUGGUUAUUGGUUGUAGCUAUGUCAUUCAGCAUUAUACCUUUUGAUUUAAUCAGAAAGGCUUUAUUAAAUUUAUUUCUAUUCAAGAAGAUUAAGAGCAAUAAAUCUGAAUAAAUUUGACAAGUUAGAUAAAAUUGUUUAAAUAAAAGAAUAUUAAAAUUUUUUUUUAAAAUAUAAAAUAUAAAAUUAAA